UAGGACCCAGGAGCAGCUGGGAUGCGGCUCUGGGAGCGAUCGCUGGGGUCACUCCGUCUGGGCAGCAGGAAGUGAAUUGCACUGGCUGCAGUGGCUCUGGGGCACUGCCACGCACCUUGCAAGAUCCGCGAGCCCGGCUGCUGCUGGGACCCCGGAGCCCUGGCUGCAGCCGGGAGAGGUGACUCUGGAGCAGUAACAUUCCGGCUGCUCCCCAGGAAGAAGGAGCCUUUCUCGGUGCAGAGAGCCCAGGAAACCCUGAGUCACUCUGCCGGGAGCCAUGGCUGCAGCGAUGAAUCCUUUGAAAAGCCUCCGAGAUGAAGCUACUUGCUCCAUCUGUCUGAGUUUCUUUAAGGAUCCAGUGUCUUUAGAUUGCAGGCACAAUUUCUGCCGAGCCUGCAUCAGCCAGUGCUGGGAGGAAUCGGAUGCAGACAUCUCCUGCCCUCAGUGCGGAGAGACCUUUCCCCAGAGGACCCUAAGGCCAAACAGGCCACUGGCGAACGUCGUAGAAAUAGCCAAGCAGCUGAGUUUCCAGGCAGCAGCAGGAGAAGAUUUGUGCAAGGUGCACCAGGAGCCUUUCAAACUCUUCUGUAGCCAGGACCAAAUACUCCUCUGUGUGAUCUGCAGAGAGUCCCAGGGUCACCGCCCUCACACUGUGGUCCCCAUAGAGGAGGCUGCCCAGUCGUACAAGGGACAAAUUCAAACCCGAUUGAACACUCUGAAGAAAGAGAGAGAAGAACUUUUGGAGUGGAGACAGGAUGGAGAGAAGCAAAGCCAGGAAUAUCUGGGAAAGAUAGAAGCUGAGAGGCAGAAGAUUGUGUCUGAAUUUGAGCAAGUGCGACUCUUUCUGGAGGCACAAGAGCGACUUCUGCUGGCCUGGCUGGAAGAGCUUGACAAGGAGACUGUGAAGAUGCAGGAUGAAAAUGUCACCAAACUGUCUGAGGAGAUUUCUCGUCUGAGUGACUUGAUCAGUGAGAUAGAAAAGAAGUGUCAGCAGCCAACAAGUGAAUUCCUGCAGGAUAUCAAAAGCACCUGGAGCAGGUGUGAGAAGACGUUUCAGAAACCAGUGGCUGUGCCAAAGGACCUGGGAAAGAGACUCAGCGUCUCUUCCCAACGAAAUGUUUGUUUACAGGAGUCUCUGAAGAAAUUCAAAGAGUCCCUGCCCUAUCAACUGAGCUUUCUGAUAUCAAAGGCAGAGAAAGAGGUGCAGGCCACUCUGGAUCCAGACCUGGCAAAUCCCUGUUCUGUCGUGUCCACAGAUGAGAGUGUGAUACACGAAUACCAACACACAGAAUUUCUGGAGAAACAGAACAGGUUUUACCCUGCUCCCUGUGUGCUGGGCUCUAAGGGCUUCACCUCAGGGAGAUGUUACUGGGAAGUGGAGGUGGGGAACAAAAAUCAGUGGGUAUUGGGCAUUGCCAAACAGUCUGUGAUAGGUCAGGGAGUGAUAAGCCCUACGCCAAAGGAGGGGAUCUGGGCUUUGGAGCAUAUAACGAAUAAGUACUGGGCCCUCACCUCCCCUAAGUCUCCUCUGAACCUACUUUCUGGCCCCAGCAAAAUUGGGGUUUAUCUAGAUUAUGAAGGGGAGAAAGUUACAUUUUAUGAGGUUACAUUUUCUGGAAGAGAGCCAAUCUUUACUUUCACAGCCUCUUUCACUGGGAAAAUCAUCCCCUUCUUUGGGAGCCGGCAUGUAGAAUUUCAGAGUAGAAACAGACUUGAUCCCUGGUAUGCAUACCAAUAAGACUGUGACAGAGGAAUGGGUAUCCCUCAAUAUGAGAUACCUUAAGUAGAGCAAAGACAUGGAAAAUAUAAUAAAUUAUAGCUAUCACACAUUGCCAUUAGUCUUGCCAGCCCCAAGCAUUCAAAAACGAUGUGUCAGGCCUCCUAAAAUGAUGAGAUUGGCUUUAAAAUCUUUUUUUAAUAUUGCGUUAUUUUCCUUUGCCUUCUGGUUUCCAAACUUUCAGGGUGUUUGUGUUUCCAGUGUUCAAGCUUUUCUACUAGGGCUGUCAAUUAAUCAUAGUUAAGGCAUGCGAUUAACUCAAAACAAAUUAACACUUUUUUUUUUAAAAGGAGCAUCAAUUGCACAUCUCUGGAGAUGGGACUCGGCCAUGGCUGGGC